CGGUUUCCAAUGCUGGAGUCAUACCAUGUAACAUAUGAUAGUAAAGUCAACCAAGCAGAGAAUCUCAUAGAAGUUGGGAAAGGACCUGAAUGCACAGCCGUUGGAGAUCCAAGGUACUCAAUGUGUCAGCUAGCUCUCAAGGGUCUGCCUGCAGAGAUCUAUGAGACUAGUUGGGAUCUAAUCAUGGUCGAUGCACCCACUGGCUACUACGACGAGGCUCCUGGGAGGAUGACAGCAAUUUACACAGCGGGGAUGAUGGCAAGGAACCGGAAGCGGGCAGGAGAGACCGACGUGUUUGUGCACGAUGUGAAUAGGGAAGUAGAAGACAAGUUCUCUAAAGCCUUCUUGUGUGAAGGGUACAUGAAGAAACAAGAAGGAAGACUAAGGCAUUUCGUUAUCCCUACCUAUAGAGAUGGUUCAGACUCCGAAUCAAAUAGACCCUUUUGUCCAUAGUUGACACAAUGUUACCAAAUCUGAACUCUUUAAUGUUCCUUAUUGUUUUCUACUG